GGAAAGCCCAGGCUCUGAGACAGAAUAAUUGUUUGUUCGCUCCAAAGAAGUCUGAAAUAUCACUGCGAUGGCUCCCAACCAAUAUGCUAUAGGUGUGGCCAAAAACAAAUUCGCUCUUUGCGAUAGCGAAGAAGAGCUUGAUCCUCAUGAGUUGCUGAAGAAGCAGGAAAAGCAAAAGGAGGAAAAGAAAAAGGCGAAGGUCGUGGAAAAGAACACUUCUAAGCCAGUAAAGAAUGCUAAAUCCAGCGGCCAAGUAUCCAAAGCAUCCAGCAACUUCAAGCAGGGUCAAGACGCGAGGUCGCAAAAUGACGGUGGCAGGCCCAGGGCCCUACCGCCGGCAGCCAAGAGGAAUGUCAACUUCAAUGAAAGGAAUCAGUCCGUGCCCAAGCAGGAUCGAGAUGAGUCAUCCAUCGCGGAGCGCGACAGAAAUGCGGAUUAUAAAGCGGAUGGAAGCUCAGGAUCAGAGAGCGGGGCACCUGACAGAGUAAAGGGUGAGAGACGCGGCUUCUCGAGGGUGUUUGUCCGAGGUGGCGGGCGAGGAGGAAGAGGAGGGUUCGACAACGGCCGCAAGAGGGAGUUUGACAGGCGUUCGGGGUCGGACAAGACCGGCGUCAAGCCUGUGGACAAGAGGAGGGCCAGCGGUUCCUUCAACUGGGGCAAUCCAGGGGACGAGGUCUUCGACGUGAAAGUUCCGCAAGAGGAGCCCAAAUCUCCCGAGGGAUCCCAAACCGUAGAGCAAUCCGACAAAGUGGAAACUAACGAGGCUGGGAAGGAGGAAGAGGCUCAGGUCGUGUCGACGGAGACUCAAGCGCUGACUCUGGAUGAAUGGAAGGCUCUGAAGAGUUCUCGGCCGAAGCCCAGCUACAAUAUCAGAAAGCCUGGAGAGGGCGAGGACCUGACCCGCUGGAAGGACAUGAUCGUGCUGUCGAAGAAGGCCACCGACGAAGAGGAAGAUGAGGAGUUGGAGUACGGAGAGUACCCGCAGCGGGUGGGGCGGCAGAAGAGGCUGGAGAUCGACGUGCGCUUCUACGACCGCCGCGGGAGGGGAGGCCGCGGCCGCGGAGCCGCAAGGGGACCCCCCAACGGCCCCCUCAACGCGCCGCACGGCUCCGACCAGCAUCGCUCCGACCAGCACCGCUCCACUCCCGCUCCGGCCCCGAGGGUCGACGACGAGGCCGACUUCCCCUCUUUGCUCAAGGCCAAGUGACAAGUCUUCUCUUAUUCUGGUCUGCUCGGUUAAACAAAAUCUUUUUUAUCUUAAUGAAUAAACAAAAUUGUGCUUUUUAUAUAACAAACAGUUCCUGGAUAAACUAUUAUCUCUUCUAAAUAUUUUUUUUUUAGUUUUGUAAGGAAAUUUGCUAAAGCAUUGUAGUUACGAGGUUAGUACAAUAGAAUAGUGUCGAAAAUUAUGUGAUUAUUCGCUACUAUGAAAAUAUGUCAUAUAUUUUAAAACUUUUUUUUUGAAUUGAUAUACUGUUGUUAUUGAUAUAAUUAAAAUUUCCAUACAAAAAGCUCAGAAAUAGAGUUUCUAAUUGUGAAGUAUUACUUAAAAAGUACUUAGUAUUUAAUUUUUUGUGUUCUUUUUUAACGUUAGUUUUUUUUUUUUGAGCCAUCGCCCAAGGUUACCCGAUGAGAGACUGUUAACAUCUAUGGCAAUUAUUAUAACUAUCUAAAAAAAAGUACUAACAGCUGAUUUUAUAAUAAAAAAUCUAAAGCUUCAUUCAUGUUGUUCAUGUACGAUUUGUAAGCUAUAUGAUUGGACGAAUACUAAAUUCUGUAUAAACAUUUUUAAUAAAAAAAACAAAAAAAAAAUAUUGUAUUAUGUUAAAACAUAUUUAAGAUUGUUCAUAAAGAGACUAGGAACUUUAAAAAUACUUUUUUCUGCACACAAAAUAUAAUUUUCUUCCCUUUAUUUUAUAAAUAAUCUCAUAAAUAUGUGCAGAUAAAUCUAAACACAAACACAAAAAAAAAUAUAUAUAUGUAUAAUGUGUAAAAUUUGUUAAAACUUUUUUAAGCUGAUUAACUAUUGUGAUAAUUUUUAGAUAAUAACUUGUAACUUAAUGUAAUUUAAAUGUUCCUAUUUUACACAUUUCGAUUUGUAUGUUUGUAAGUGACAUGAAUUUAUAAUGAAUAAUUAUCGGUCACAUUAUGUUGUCAAAAAAGUUCAUUUCUUUUCUCUUUUUCAAUUGUAUUUAAUUAAUUUAAGUAAUUCAUAUUUUGUUCGAUUUAAUGUUCAUUUUAUCAAACUUUUGUGUGUUAUCAGUUGAAUAAUAAAGGCAAUUUUGUUCCGAAUUUUAUUCUUUCUAUUUAUUUAUUU